AUGAUGACCGGCGCCCCCAUCUUCUGCAACGCCCUGUCGAUCGCCAUCUCCAUCGGCACUUCCCUGAAGACCAACAGCUCCCAUAAUAACGGAUCCCCCAGACUCAGCUGUUCCCUAGAGGUCAGCAGCUCCAUGAAGAGCGACGCCCCCAUCCUCGGCAGCGCCCUGGAGAUCAUCAUCCCCGUCGGUUUGACCAUGAAAGGCGGCGCCACCAGACGCAGCCCCGAUGCGAUCAUCCUCAGCAAGCCCCUGAAGAUCACAAGCGUGAUGAAGAAAAACAUCGGCACCCUUCAGAUCACCCUCUCCAUCAGCUCUUCCAUGCAGGGCGACAAGAUUACCGUCCUCAGCAUUUCCCUGAAGAACAGCAGCUCCAUGAGGAAAUAA